AUGAAAGGGUUCCAGGACGACGCGAGAUUGACCACGAGGGACUGGGUCCUCUGUUAUCCCAUCGUAAGCACUUGCAGGAGAGCAUUAUCCAUACAGCCGGCUCCUUUAAAUUUUCAGAAUUUCGUUGGAUUCCUCGCAUUUUCAUUUGUAAUUUGUGGUAUCGCCCGAAUGGGAAUCUUUCUUUUUAAUGAGGAAACCAUUCGAGCAGCAGCGACUUCGAAUAUUUUGCAAAACACUCACACGUACACAAUGGUGGGGAGUUCAGAACGAAUCGAAUGAGUAGAAUAUUUCAGAUAUUCGAAGGAUAUGGAAUGUUAGUGUUACUCUGUGGACAAUCGAGAGGUCUAUUUAAACUUUAUGCCUUCAUUCUUGUAAAUUACUCCUCCAGAAUUCUUAUCCUCACCCACAAUUGUCUUCCAGGUCCAGAGAGCUGGUUCUUUACUGAUGAAGGUUCUUGCCGAGGACCCGCCCGAUUUCCCCAAACAUCUCCGUCCCUAUGUUCUGUCUCUCAACAUUCUCUCCCUGUCCAUUUAUGCUUCUGCUGUAUUCACCUUCUCUCUUAUCGGAUUGUGGGUCACGUUUUUCGACGACGGCGGUAAAUUCUGGCUUCUUUCAGUGAAUGGAGCUGUUGCAAUGCACCGAAGGAAGAGAAGAUUUCUUAA